GUGCUCAUUGUCGGUGGGUGGACGUACCGUACGGGUGGGUAGUAUUUGGUCACUCUUCAUUUCGAUACUGGAAUUUUGACUCCGUUAAAAAUUUCAGGUGAGUCUAGGGGACUGAGGUGGUACAUGGUCACUAACUACUACAAAUACCCACCUCACCAGGAGGCAUUCGACCAACUUUGAAGAGUCAGCCCUUUAUAUUGGAGGGAUGUCCAAAAUGGAUCAAUCAAAAAUGUAUCGUGUUUCCUCCAUUUUGCUUUUGAUAACCAUCAUCUUGCCAGGAACUUUAUGUCAAAAUGCACCAUCUGUGACCAUAAUAUCCACAUCCUACCAAGCCAAUUCUGGCUCAAGUGUUACUUUGCAGUGUAUUGCAUCGGGAAAUCCUACGGUUACUGCAAUCACCUGGUUUAAAACUGCCAAUGGAAUAGAAACAACUUUGACUAUAGAUAACACAAAAUACCAAGGGGGAAGCACUGCCAGUCCUUCACUGAUAAUCAACAAUUUGGCCAGUUCAGACACUGCAUCUUACAAAUGUAGGGCCACAAAUUCAGUAGGGUCUACGGACAGUCAACAGAUCCAGCUUUCUGUUACCAUUACGACAGCUGCUCCUACAGUGACCAUUGGUCAAAACAGUUACAAUAUUAAUGCUGGAACUGAUAUCAUACUGGUAUGUAAUGUGAAUAAUAACGGCGCAACCCUGACAGCUGUCAGCUGGACUCGCACCGCAAAUGGACAGACUAUUACAUUAACGAUAGAUGGCACCAAAUACCAAAAUGCAAACACAGGAAACCCAUCUCUUACCAUCACAAGUACUUCUAGUGCAGAUGAUGGCACUUAUAUCUGUUCUGCAUCAAACAGUGUUGGUACAACGUCAAGCUCUCCAACAGCGUUAACUGUGACAGACCUUCCGAUUGUAACCAUUGCCCAAACAGCCUUUGGUGCACAGGUGUCGACUACUAUCACUCUCGGCUGUACCGUCUCCUCAUCUAGUACAGUCACUUCUGUCUUCUGGCAGCGUGAUGUUGGAUCAGGCACCCAAACCAUUACUAUUGAUGGGGUCAAUUUCUCUGGUUCCUCUGUUGCCAUACCCUCUUUGACCAUCAUCAAUGCAGACACCGCCGACACCGGGACCUACCAGUGCUUUGCUACAAAUGCUGCUGGAACUAGCUCAAGUGUUUCAGCUACAGUGACUAUUGUAUCAGCCGUACCAACCGUUACAGUCGCACAGUCUGCCUAUAGUACGAACACAGGAACUAGUAUAAUCCUGACCUGUACAGUUAGUUCAGCAACAACAGUUACCUCGGUGUUCUGGCAACGAACCAUCGGCGGAUCGACUGUUACCCUGACUAUAGACAAUGUUAACUACUCAGGGUCAUCCCCAUCUGUACCAUCCUUAACAGUAAUAUCUGCCGAUACGGGAGACUCCGGAUCUUACACUUGUUUCGCCACCAAUAAUGCUGGAACAGGGAACAGUGUACCCACCACUUUGACUGUGACAGGAACCGUACCAACCGUUACAGUCGCACAGUCUGCCUAUAGUACGAACACAGGAACUAGUAUAAUCCUGACCUGUACAGUUAGUUCAGCAACAACAGUUACCUCGGUGUUCUGGCAACGAACCAUCGGCGGAUCGACUGUUACCCUGACUAUAGACAAUGUUAACUACUCAGGGUCAUCCCCAUCUGUACCAUCCUUAACAGUAAUAUCUGCCGAUACGGGAGACUCCGGAUCUUACACUUGUUUCGCCACCAAUAAUGCUGGAACAGGGAACAGUGUACCCACCACUUUGACUGUGACAGGAACUGCCCCUACAGUAACGGUUGGAUCCUCCUCCUACACCACCACCACAGGAACAACCUUCACCCUCCAGUGUACUGUGUCUUCUACCACGACAAUCACAAAUGUCUUCUGGCAACGUCUUAUCAAUGGUGUCACCUCCACAAUCACCGUCGACAAUGUCAACUAUUCUGGAGGCAGCACAGGCACUCCCUCCUUGACCAUCAUCACGGCAUCGCCCUCUGAUACAGGAACAUACACCUGCUUUGGUUCGAAUUCUGCUGGAACAGGAAGUUCUACAACCCAAUUAACAGUAACAGGAACUGUCCCUACUGUAACGGUUGGAUCCUCCUCCUACACCACCACCACAGGAACAACCUUCACCCUCCAGUGUACUGUGUCUUCUACCACGACAAUCACAAAUGUCUUCUGGCAACGUCUUAUCAAUGGUGUCACCUCCACAAUCACCGUCGACAAUGUCAACUAUUCUGGAGGCAGCACAGGCACUCCUUCCUUGACCAUCAUCACGGCAUCUCCCUCUGAUACGGCAACAUACACCUGCUUUGGUUCGAAUUCUGCUGGAACAGGAAGUGCUACAACCCAAUUAACAGUAACAGGAACUGUACCUGCCGUUUCUGUGGGCCAGACAUCCUACAGUGUCACUACAGGAACCAGCAUCACUCUUGUGUGCACAGUGUCAGCCAACCCCACCCACACUUCAGUUUCAUGGCAGCGUGAUGUUGGCUUUGGAACACAGGCUAUCACCAUUGAUGGUGUUAACUACUCGGGUUCUCAAGUUAACAGUCCAUCUCUGACCGUGUUAAAUACAGAGAUUGCAGACUCUGGUACCUAUACCUGCUUUGCUUCCAACUCUGUAGGAACGGGACAGAGUUCUACAACACUGACUGUUUCUGGAAAUGUACCAACAGUUCAGAUUCAGCAGGCUUUCUACACAGCGACCACUGGAACGUCUAUCACUCUUGUGUGUACUGUGUCUGGUAGUCCUACCCAUACCAAUGUGUUCUGGCAACGCAAUGUUGGCUCUGGCUCACAAUCCGUUACCAUUGACAGUGUUAACUUCUCAGGUUCUCAAGUCAACAAUCCAUCUCUGACUGUUAUCAAUGUUGAUCCCUCUGACAGUGGUACUUACACCUGCUUUGCCACCAAUGCUGUAGGAACCGGACAGAGCUCGGCAACCACAUUGACCAUCUCUGGAAGUUUACCAACUGUUACUGUUGCUCAGACUGUUAGGUCUGUAACCACGGGAGCAACAGUAACCUUACAGUGUUCAGUCUCUGCCAAUCCAACACAUACCAGUGUGUUCUGGCAGUUCACUCCCACCAAUGGCGGGACAACUACACUGACAAUAGACAAUGUCAACUAUGGAGGAGCAUCUGUCAACAGUCCUUCAUUGGUCGUGUUCAAUACCAACAGUGGAGACCAGGGCACAUAUGUCUGUUUUGCCAACAACCAAGUUGGAACAGGACAGAGUGCUCAGGUCUCCCUGUCAGUGACAGGAAGUAUCCCAGUUGUCACCAUUACCCAGAAUGCCUACUCAGUUGUUACCGGACAAACAGUCACACUGGGAUGUACAGUGUCUGCUACACCUACCCAUACCAAUGUUUUCUGGCAGCGUAUAGACAAUGGUGCAGCUUCCACACUGAACAUUGAUGGAACCAAAUACUCUGGAUCAACGGUCAAUACUCCAUCCCUGACCAUCACUAGUGCUAAUAGCAAUGACAACACAGUUUAUACCUGUUCAGCUACAAAUGCUGUAGGAACUGGAACCAGUGCUCAAACCACACUCACAGUCACAGGAAGUUUACCAACUGUUACUGUUGCUCAGACUGUUAGGUCUGUAACCACGGGAACAACAGUAACCUUACAGUGUUCAGUCUCUGCCAAUCCAACACAUACCAGUGUGUUCUGGCAGUUCACUCCCACCAAUGGCGGGACGACUACACUGACAAUAGACAAUGUCAACUAUGGAGGAGCAUCUGUCAACAGUCCUUCAUUGGUCGUGUUCAAUACCAACAGUGGAGACCAGGGCACAUAUGUCUGUUUUGCCAACAACCAAGUUGGAACAGGACAGAGUGCUCAGGUCUCCCUGUCAGUGACAGGAAGUAUCCCAGUUGUCACCAUUACCCAGAAUGCCUACUCAGUUGUUACCGGACAAACAGUCACACUGGGAUGUACAGUGUCUGCCACACCUACCCAUACCAAUGUUUUCUGGCAGCGUAUAGACAAUGGCGUGGCUUCCACACUGAGCAUUGAUGGAACCAAAUACUCCGGAUCAACGGUCAAUACUCCAUCCCUGACCAUCACUAGUGCUAAUAGCAAUGACAACACAGUUUAUACCUGUUCGGCUACAAAUGCUGUAGGAACUGGAACCAGUGGUCAGACCACACUCACAGUUACAGGAAGUUUACCAACGGUUACUGUUGCUCAGACUGUUAGGUCUGUAACCACGGGAACAACAGUAACCUUACAGUGUUCAGUCUCUGCCAAUCCAACACAUACUAGUGUGUUCUGGCAGUUCACUCCCACCAAUGGCGGGACGACUACACUGACAAUAGACAAUGUCAACUAUGGAGGAGCAUCUGUCAACAGUCCUUCAUUGGUCGUGUUCAAUACCAACAGUGGAGACCAGGGCACAUAUGUCUGUUUUGCCAACAACCAAGUUGGAACAGGACAGAGUGCUCAGGUCUCCCUGUCAGUGACAGGAAGUAUCCCAGUUGUCACCAUUACCCAGAAUGCCUACUCAGUUGUUACCGGACAAACAGUCACACUGGGAUGUACAGUGUCUGCCACACCUACCCAUACCAAUGUUUUCUGGCAGCGUAUAGACAAUGGCGUGGCUUCCACACUGAGCAUUGAUGGAACCAAAUACUCCGGAUCAACGGUCAAUACUCCAUCCCUGACCAUCACUAGUGCUAAUAGCAAUGACAACACAGUUUAUACCUGUUCGGCUACAAAUGCUGUAGGAACUGGAACCAGUGGUCAGACCACACUCACAGUUACAGGAAGUUUACCAACUGUUACUGUUGCUCAGACUGUUAGGUCUGUAACCACGGGAACAACAGUAACCUUACAGUGUUCAGUCUCUGCCAAUCCAACACAUACUAGUGUGUUCUGGCAGUUCACUCCCACCAAUGGCGGGACGACUACACUGACAAUAGACAAUGUCAACUAUGGAGGAGCAUCUGUCAACAGUCCUUCAUUGGUCGUGUUCAAUACCAACAGUGGAGACCAGGGCACAUAUGUCUGUUUUGCCAACAACCAAGUUGGAACAGGACAGAGUGCUCAGGUCUCCUUGUCAGUGACAGGAAGUAUCCCAGUUGUCACCAUUACCCAGAAUGCCUACUCAGUUGUUACCGGACAAACAAUUACACUGGGAUGUACAGUGUCUGCCACACCUACCCAUACCAAUGUUUUCUGGCAGCGUAUAGACAAUGGUGCAGCUUCCACACUGAACAUUGAUGGAAUCAAAUACUCUGGAUCAACGGUCAAUACUCCAUCCCUGACCAUCACUAGUGCUAAUAGCAAUGACAACACAGUUUAUACCUGUUCGGCUACAAAUGCUGUAGGAACUGGAACCAGUGGUCAAACCACACUCACAGUCACAGGAAGUCUACCAAUUGUCACCAUUGCCCAACCCACCUACUCAGUUGUCACAGGACAAACGGUUACGCUACAAUGUACUGUAUCUGCCACACCUACCCAUACCAAUGUUUUCUGGCAGCGUAUAGACAAUGGUGCAGCUUCCACACUGACCAUUGAUGGAACCAAAUACUCUGGAUCAACGGUCAAUACUCCAUCUCUGACCAUCACUAGUGCUAAUAGCAAUGACAACACAGUUUAUACCUGUUCGGCUACAAAUGCUGUAGGAACUGGAACCAGUGGUCAGACCACACUCACAGUUACAGGAAGUAUGCCUGUGGUAACUGUAGACCAGGCCCAAUACUCUGUAAUUACUGGACAGACCGUCACUCUGGGCUGUAGUGUGUCGGCCACACCAGCUCACACAUCAGUGAUAUGGCAACGAACACUCAAUGGAGUCACCAGUAAUGUCGCCAUUGAUGGCAGCAAAUACCAAGGUGCUGCAGUAAACAAUCCAGAUCUCACAAUCACAAAUGCUGCUGCCGGUGAUCAGGCGGUGUACACCUGUUCUGCCACCAACAUCGUAGGAACCGGAACCAGUACUACUACAACACUCACUGUUACAGGAAGUCUCCCUCUUGUCACCAUUACCCAGAAUGCCUACUCAGUUGUUACCGGACAAACAGUCACACUGGGAUGUACAGUGUCUGCCACACCUACCCAUACCAAUGUUUUCUGGCAGCGUAUAGACAAUGGCGUGGCUUCCACACUGACCAUUGAUGGAACGAAAUACUCCGGAUCAACGGUCAAUACUCCAUCCCUGACCAUCACUAGUGCUAAUAGCAAUGACAACACAGUUUAUACCUGUUCGGCUACAAAUGCUGUAGGAACUGGAACCAGUGGUCAAACCACACUCACAGUCACAGGAAGUCUACCAAUUGUCACCAUUGCCCAACCCACCUACUCAGUUGUCACAGGACAAACGGUUACGCUACAAUGUACUGUAUCUGCCACACCUACCCAUACCAAUGUUUUCUGGCAGCGUAUAGACAAUGGUGCAGCUUCCACACUGAACAUUGACGGAACCAAAUACUCCGGAUCAACGGUCAAUACUCCAUCCCUGACCAUCACUAGUGCUAAUAGCAAUGACAACACAGUUUAUACCUGUUCGGCUACAAAUGCUGUAGGAACUGGAACCAGUGGUCAGACCACACUCACAGUUACAGGAAGUAUGCCUGUGGUAACUGUAGACCAGGCCCAAUACUCUGUAAUUACUGGACAGACCGUCACUCUGGGCUGUAGUGUGUCGGCCACACCAGCUCACACAUCAGUGAUAUGGCAACGAACACUCAAUGGAGUCACCAGUAAUGUCGCCAUUGAUGGCAGCAAAUACCAAGGUGCUGCAGUAAACAAUCCAGAUCUCACAAUCACAAAUGCUGCUGCCGGUGAUCAGGCGGUGUACACCUGUUCUGCCACCAACAUCGUAGGAACCGGAACCAGUACUACUACAACACUCACUGUUACAGGAAGUCUCCCUCUUGUCACCAUUACCCAGAAUGCCUACUCAGUUGUUACCGGACAAACAGUCACACUGGGAUGUACAGUGUCUGCCACACCUACCCAUACCAAUGUUUUCUGGCAGCGUAUAGACAAUGGUGCAGCUUCCACACUGAACAUUGACGGAAUCAAAUACUCCGGAUCAACGGUCAAUACUCCAUCCCUGACCAUCACUAGUGCUAAUAGCAAUGACAACACAGUUUAUACCUGUUCAGCUACAAAUGCUGUAGGAACUGGAACCAGUGGUCAAACCACACUCACAGUUACAGGAAGUCUACCAAUUGUCACCAUUGCCCAACCCACCUACUCAGUUGUCACAGGACAAACAGUUACGCUACAAUGUACUGUAUCGGCCACACCUACCCAUACCAAUGUUUUCUGGCAGCGUAUAGACAAUGGUGCAGCUUCCACACUGACCAUUGAUGGAACCAAAUACUCUGGAUCAACGGUCAAUACUCCAUCUCUGACCAUCACUAGUGCUAAUAGCAAUGACAACACAGUUUAUACCUGUUCGGCUACAAAUGCUGUAGGAACUGGAACCAGUGGUCAGACCACACUCACAGUUACAGGAAGUGUCCCUGUGGUAACUGUAGACCAGGCCCAAUACUCUGUAAUUACUGGACAGACCGUCACUCUUGGCUGUAGUGUGUCGGCCACACCAGGUCACACAACAGUGAUAUGGCGACGAACACUCAAUGGAGUCACCAGUAAUGUCGCCAUUGAUGGCAGCAAAUACCAAGGUGCUACAGUAAACAAUCCAGACCUCACAAUCACAAAUGCUGCUGCCGGUGAUCAGGCGGUAUACACCUGUUCUGCCACCAACAUCGUAGGAACCGGAACCAGUACUACUACAACACUCACUGUUACAGGAAGUCUCCCUCUUGUCACCAUUACCCAGAAUGCCUACUCAGUUGUUACCGGACAAACAGUCACACUGGGAUGUACAGUGUCUGCCACACCUACCCAUACCAAUGUUUUCUGGCAGCGUAUAGACAAUGGCGUGGCUUCCACACUGAACAUUGAUGGAACGAAAUACUCCGGAUCAACGGUCAAUACUCCAUCCCUGACCAUCACUAGUGCUAAUAGCAAUGACAACACAGUUUAUACCUGUUCGGCUACAAAUGCUGUAGGAACUGGAACCAGUGGUCAGACCACACUCACAGUUACAGGAAGUCUACCUGUGGUCACUAUAGACCAACCCACCUACUCAGUUGUCACAGGACAAACGGUUACGCUACAAUGUACUGUACCUGCCAUACCUACCCAUACCAAUGUUUUCUGGCAGCGUAUAGACAAUGGUGUGGCUUCCACACUGACCAUUGAUGGAACCAAAUACUCCGGAUCAACGGUCAAUACUCCAUCCCUGACCAUCACUAGUGCUAAUAGCAAUGACAACACAGUUUAUACCUGUUCAGCUACAAAUGCUGUAGGAACUGGAACUAGUGGUCAGACCACACUCACAGUCACAGGAAGUGUCCCUGUGGUAACUGUAGACCAGGCCCAAUACUCUGUAAUUACUGGACAGACCGUCACUCUUGGCUGUAGUGUGUCGGCCACACCAGGUCACACAACAGUGAUAUGGCGACGAACACUCAAUGGAGUCACAAGUAAUGUCGCCAUUGAUGGCAGCAAAUACCAAGGUGCUACAGUAAACAAUCCAGACCUCACAAUCACAAAUGCUGCUGCCGGUGAUCAGGCAGUGUACACCUGUUCUGCCACCAACAUCGUAGGAACCGGAACCAGUACUACUACAACACUCACUGUUACAGGAAGUCUCCCUCUUGUCACCAUUACCCAGAAUGCCUACUCAGUUGUUACCGGACAAACAGUCACACUGGGAUGUACAGUGUCUGCCACACCUACCCAUACCAAUGUUUUCUGGCAGCGUAUAGACAAUGGCGUGGCUUCCACACUGAACAUUGAUGGAACGAAAUACUCCGGAUCAACGGUCAAUACUCCAUCCCUGACCAUCACUAGUGCUAAUAGCAAUGACAACACAGUUUAUACCUGUUCGGCUACAAAUGCUGUAGGAACUGGAACCAGUGGUCAGACCACACUCACAGUUACAGGAAGUCUACCUGUGGUCACUAUAGACCAACCCACCUACUCAGUUGUCACAGGACAAACGGUUACGCUACAAUGUACUGUAUCUGCCACACCUACCCAUACCAAUGUUUUCUGGCAGCGUAUAGACAAUGGUGUGGCUUCCACACUGACCAUUGAUGGAACCAAAUACUCCGGAUCAACGGUCAAUACUCCAUCCCUGACCAUCACUAGUGCUAAUAGCAAUGACAACACAGUUUAUACCUGUUCAGCUACAAAUGCUGUAGGAACUGGAACUAGUGGUCAGACCACACUCACAGUCACAGGAAGUGUCCCUGUGGUAACUGUAGACCAGGCCCAAUACUCUGUAAUUACUGGACAGACCGUCACUCUGGGCUGUAGUGUGUCGGCCACACCAGGUCACACAACAGUGUUUUGGAGACGAACACUUAAUGGAGUCACCAACAGUGUUGCCAUUGAUGGCAACAAAUACCAAGGUGCUACAGUUAACAAUCCAGACCUCACAAUCACAAAUGCUGUUGCCGGUGAUCAGGCGGUGUACACCUGUUCUGCCACCAACAUCGUAGGGACCGGAACCAGUACUACUACAACACUCACUGUUACAGGAAGUCUUCCUAUUGUCACCAUUACCCAGAAUGCCUACUCAGUUGUUACCGGACAAACAGUCACACUGGGAUGUACAGUGUCUGCCACACCUACCCAUACCAAUGUUUUCUGGCAGCGUAUAGACAAUGGUGCAGCUUCCACACUGAACAUUGAUGGAACCAAAUACUCUGGAUCAACGGUCAAUACUCCAUCCCUGACCAUCACUAGUGCUAAUAGCAAUGACAACACAGUUUAUACCUGUUCAGCUACAAAUGCUGUAGGAACUGGAACCAGUGGUCAGACCACACUCACAGUCACUGGAAAUGUCCCUGUGGUAACUGUAGACCAGGCCCAAUACUCUGUAAUUACUGGACAGACCGUCACUCUUGGCUGUAGUGUGUCGGCCACACCAGGUCACACAUCAGUGAUAUGGCGACGAACACUCAAUGGAGUCACCAGUAAUGUCGCCAUUGAUGGCAGCAAAUACCAAGGUGCUACAGUAAACAAUCCAGACCUCACAAUCACAAAUGCUGCUGCCGGUGAUCAGGCGGUGUACACCUGUUCUGCCACCAACAUCGUAGGAACCGGAACCAGUACUACUACAACACUCAUUGUUACAGGAAGUCUUCCACUGGUCACCAUUGCUCAGAACGCCUACUCAGUUGUUACCGGACAAACAGUCACACUGGGAUGUACAGUGUCUGCCACACCUACCCAUACCAAUGUUUUCUGGCAGCGUAUAGACAAUGGUGCAGCUUCCACACUGACCAUUGAUGGAACCAAAUACUCCGGAUCAACAGUCAAUAAUCCAUCCCUGACCAUCACUAGUGCUAAUAGCAAUGACAACACAGUUUAUACCUGUUCGGCUACAAAUGCUGUAGGAACUGGAACCAGUGGUCAGACCACACUCUCAGUCACAGGAAGUCUCCCGGUAGUAGAAAUUGUGGAACCGUCAUACACAGUUUUAACUGGACAGACUGUCAUACUGGAGUGUACUGUAUCAGCUGAUCCUGGCCACACAGCAGUUUUCUGGCGCCGCCUAGAUUCUGGUGUAGAAACUACACUUAGUAUAGACGGUGUCAAAUACAGUGGUUCCACUGUUGACAAUCCAUCUCUUACCAUCGACAAUGCCAAUAGUGACGACAUAUCAGUGUACACAUGUUUUGCCACUAAUGUUGUUGGAACUACCAGUAGUAGCCAGACCACGCUUGAUGUAACAGGAAAUGUCCCUGUGGUAACUGUAGACCAAGCCCAAUACUCUGUAAUUACUGGACAGACCGUCACUCUUGGCUGUAGCGUGUCGGCCACACCGGGUCACACAUCAGUGAUAUGGCGACGAACACUCAAUGGAGUCACCAGUAAUGUCGCCAUUGAUGGCAGCAAAUACCAAGGUGCUACAGUAAACAAUCCAGACCUCACAAUCACAAAUGCUGCUGCCGGUGAUCAGGCGGUGUACACCUGUUCUGCCACCAACAUCGUAGGAACCGGAACCAGUACUACUACAACACUCACUGUUACAGGAAAUAUUCCAGUUGUCACCAUUGCCCAACCCACCUACUCAGUUGUCACAGGACAAACGGUUACGCUACAAUGUACUGUAUCGGCCACACCUACCCAUACCAAUGUUUUCUGGCAGCGUAUAGACAAUGGUGCAGCUUCCACACUGACCAUUGAUGGAGCCAAAUACUCCGGAUCAACGGUCAAUAGUCCUUCUUUGGUCAUCUUCAAUAGUGCAGCCAGUGACAACACAGUUUAUACCUGUUCAGCUACAAAUGCUGUAGGAACUGGAACCAGUGGUCAGACUACACUCACAGUCACAGGAAGUAUACCGGUGGUAACCAUUGCUCAGCCAUCAUACAGUGUCAUUACUGGACAGACUGUUGUAUUGACUUGUAUUGUCAACGCUGAUCCUGGACAUACACAGGUGUUGUGGCAGCGUACAGUAAAUGGUGCCACCAACAAUGUAGUGAUAGAUGGAAACAAGUAUCAGGGAUCUGUUCCUAACACCCCGUCACUUACCAUUACCAACGCAGCCCAAUCUGACCAGGCUGUAUACACAUGUUCAGCUACUAAUGCUGUGGGAACAGGAUCUAGUACCACAACUACUCUAACUGUCACUGGAAGUAUCCCAGUUGUCACGAUUGGUCAGACUAGUUAUUCAGUGACAACCGGCACCACAGCUACCCUAGAAUGUACAGUAACAGCUGACCCAACCCAUACAACUGUUUUCUGGCAAAAAAUAACCAAUGGUGUCACCACGAACAUUGUCAUUGACGGGAAUAACUAUGCAGGCUCGUCUGUCAACUCUCCAAGUCUUGUGGUGUUCAACACUAACUCUGGAGAUGAAGGCACAUAUAUAUGCUUUGCAACCAAUGUUGUAGGAACAGGGCAGAGUUCCCAGACCACACUAGAUGUUACAGGCAAUCUACCAGUGGUGGUUAUUGGCCAGAAUGCCUACUCUGUUGUGACCGGUCAGUCCAUCACCCUCACCUGUACUGUCACUGCCACUCCGUCUCACACCACUGUGUACUGGCAGCGGAUUGAUAAUGGGGUUGCCACCACACUGACCAUUGAUGGAACCAAAUACUCUGGAUCAGCAGUCAAUAGUCCAUCCUUGACCAUAAAUACUGCAGCUGCAAAUGACCAGACUGUGUACACCUGCUCAGCUACAAACGCUGUAGGGACCGGCACCAGUGGUCAGACCACACUCACCGUAACAGGAAAUGUACCUGUUGUGAACAUCUUACAGAACCAAUACACCGUAGUGACUGGCAGUACUGCCACACUCGAGUGUACAGUAUCAGCUGACCCUACGCACAUCUCGGUCUACUGGCAGCGAGUCCAAAAUGGGGUUACUGAAAACAUCCAAAUAGAUGGUGUUAAUUUUGGAGGCUCCACCACCAGCAGUCCAUCCCUUCAAGUGUUUAAUGCUAACACAGCUGAUCAGGGGGUGUACAUCUGUUUCGCAACCAACAUUGUUGGCACUGGUCAGAGUGCCCAGACCGUCCUCACAGUUACAGGCAGUUUACCAGUGGUGGUUAUUGGCCAGAAUGCCUACUCUGUUGUGACCGGUCAGUCCAUCACCCUCACCUGUACUGUCACUGCCACUCCAUCUCACACCACUGUGUACUGGCAGCGGAUUGAUAAUGGGGUUGCCACCACACUGACCAUUGAUGGAGCCAAAUACUCUGGAUCAGCAGUCAAUAGUCCAUCCUUGACCAUAAAUAAUGCAGCUGCAAAUGACCAGACUGUUUACACCUGCUCAGCAACAAACGCUGUAGGGACCGGCACCAGUGGUCAGACCACACUAACCGUAACAGGAUCUCCUCCUGUACCGGCUGUUGGACAGACUGCUUACAGUGUUAUAACUGGCCAGAGCAUCACUCUCGAAUGUACAGUGACAUCCAAUCCAACACACACCACUGUCUUCUGGCAGCGCUUCGUCAAUGGUCAGGCACAGUCUAUCACUGUAGAUGGCAACAAGUAUUCAGGAUCUACAGUCAAUUCUCCAUCUCUUGUAAUCUUCAAUGCUGCCAAUUCGGACCAGGGAUCAUACAUAUGUUUCGCCACCAACAUUGUAGGAACAGGACAGAGUAGCCAGACUGUACUUUCAGUGACAGGAAGUAUACCUGUUGUGUCCAUCGCCCAAACCAGCUACACUGCCAUUACUGGCCAGUCGGCAGUCCUGGUAUGUACUGUGUCUGCUAAUCCAACACACACUCAAGUUUUCUGGCAGCGAAUCGAUAAUGGAGUAGCUACAACUAUCAAUCUAAACAACGUCAACAAGUACAGCGGAUCCACAGUCAACAAUCCAUCACUAACGGUUUUGAAUGUUGAUGCUAAUGACCAAACUCUGUACACCUGUUCUGCCACCAACGCUGUUGGAACAGGAACCAGUGGUCAAACAACAUUGACUGUCACUGGAUCACCACCGGUUGUGACUGUCGCACAGAAUGCCUACAGUGUCAUUACUGGGCAGUCUAUAACAUUGGGCUGUGUCGUUUCUGCCAUACCCCAACACACCACUGUCUUCUGGCAACGUGUUGUCAAUGGUCAGUCACAGUCUAUCACUAUCAACAAUGCAAAGUACUCCGGCUCCACUGUUUCCUCCCCAUCUCUGACGAUCAACAAUGCUGCAGAAGCUGAUGAGGGAGUGUAUAUUUGUUUUGCCACCAACGUUGUUGCAACUGGACAAAGUACACAGACAACCCUUACCGUCACAGGAACUGUUCCCGUGGUAACUAUUGCACAAUCCUCCUACUCUGUCAUCACUGGACAGUCCAUCACCCUGGGAUGUACCGUCAGCGCUGACCCCACACACACACAAGUCUUCUGGCGACGUGUGGUCAAUGGUGUGUCAACCCUAAUCAACAUUGAUGGAAACAAAUAUGUUGGCUCUACUGUCAACUCCCCCAAUUUGGUCAUAUUCAACGCUGCAGCCAGUGAUAUUACCAGCUAUACUUGUUCAGCAACAAAUGCUGUGGGAACCGGAACAAGCUCCCCAACCUCCCUCACUGUAACUGGAGCUCCCCCUACAGUGACCAUUGCCCAGACCAGCUACACCAUCACUAUUGGAACUACCAUCAGUUUAGAAUGUUCUGUGACUUCUGACCCUGCUCACACCACUGUCUUCUGGCAGCGUGUCAUCAAUGGACAGAGUCAGGCUGUCACCAUUGACAACUCUAACUUCGGAGGCUCCACUGUCAACUCUCCAUCCCUCAUUGUCUACAAUGCUGACCAAGCAGAUGAAGGCACAUAUAUCUGUUUCGCAACAAACUCGGUGGGAACUGGACAGAGUUCUCCAACAGCUCUUGUUGUCACUGGAAGUAUCCCUGUGGUCACCGUUCAGCAGACACAGUACUCCAUAGUCACUGGGAAUGAUGUCACCAUUCAAUGUACAGUGACUGCCGACCCCUCCCACACUGUUGUGUUCUGGGAGAGGAUUAUUGGAGGAGUAACUACUCAGCUUACCAUCGACAAUGUCAACUAUGCAGGAUCACAAGUCAACAGUCCAUCCCUAACAGUCCUGUCAGCAACCACUGCUGACACAGGCGUCUAUGUCUGCAAAGCUUCAAACACAGUUGGAACUGGCCAAAGUUCAAAUGUUCAACUGAGUGUUACUGGAAGUGUACCAAAUGUGGUUGUUGCUCAGGCUAGCUACAGUGUGUUGACAGGAAGCUCUGUCAAUCUAGUAUGUACUGUGACUGCCAGUCCCUCACAUACUUCUGUCCAAUGGCUGAGAGUGGUCAAUGGUGUUAACCAGGCUGUUAACAUUGGAAGCUCAGGAAAAUAUGCUGGAUCAUCAGUCAGUGUGCCAUCUCUUACCAUCAAUGGAGCCCAGUCUAGUGAUCAGGGCCAGUAUAUCUGUACUGCCAGUAAUGUUGUGGGUACAGGACAGAGUACUGUUACCACGGUUUCAGUAACAGGAAGUCUUCCGGUUGUCACUGUUGCUCAACCUAACUAUUCUAUCGUCACUGGAGGCACAAUCACUCUUGUCUGUAACAUCAAUGCUUCCCCUGCGGCCACCACUAUGGCCUGGAGACGCCUGGUGGGUGGAGUAUCUUCACCAGUCACCAUAGACAACAGCAAGUACACAGGAGGUGUACUUGGUAAUCCAUCCUUGACUAUCAGUAAUGCACAGAACAGUGAUGAGGGCUUCUAUAUCUGCCAGGCUACCAAUGUUGUAGGGACAGGAGAGAGCACCAACACUUACUUGGAUGUAACAGGCACCAUUCCUGUUGUGACCAUAUCACAGAACACCUACUCAGUACUGGUGGGCUCAUCUAUCACCAUUGACUGCUCUGUGUCUGCUAGCCCCACUCACACAUCUGUGGAAUGGAGAAAGAUCACCAACAUUGGCGGCAACAAUGUCAACACACCCAUUGUCAUUGAUAACAUCAACUACAGCGGUGGCUCAGUGUCUAGUCCUGGUCUCCAGGUGAUCACUACUGAAGAGAGCGACCAGGGUUUCUAUGUUUGUACUGCCACUAACAGUGUUGGCACAGGAACCAGUAACCAGGCCUUCCUAUCAGUUACUGGAGCCCCUCCUACCGUCACUGUUUCCCAGACGUCCUACACUAUCAUCACGGGAGGAACAAUAACUCUUCAGUGCUCUGUAUUUGGUAACCCAGCAGUGACCAGCAUUGCUUGGACACGAUCCAUCAACAAUGGACCUUUCACCCAAAUUACUAUUGAUGGAGCAAGUUUUUCUGGGGCUUCCCUCGGCAAUCCAUCCUUGACUGUCAUCAAUGCUGAUAGUAAUGACCUAGGUGUCUACAAAUGUUCAGCCACAAACUCUCUUGGCACUUCAGAGAGCUCACAAGUGACACUCACUAUUACUGGAGACCCACCAACUGUGACUGUUGGACAGACAAACUACAAUGUCAUCACUGGCUCAGAUGUGACAAUCCAGUGUUCUGUAACGGCCAUCCCUGCUGCCAGUGUUGUGUUCUGGGAAAAGAUUGUGAACAAUGUGGUAAACAGGCUGACAAUCGACCAAAUAUCCUAUGGUGGCUCCACCACUAGCUCACCUUCCCUGAUUAUAUACAAUGCCCAAAGUGAUGACAGUGGAUCCUAUAGGUGUAAGGCCAGUAAUGCUGUAGGCACUGGUAAUUCUCAGACUGUCACUGUCUCUGUUACUGGAGCUGUCCCAGCGGUCACCAUCACUGAAGCCUCCUACUCAGUCACCACCGGUACUACAGCUAUUUUGGAAUGUGUUGUGGUAGCAACCCCACAGGCCUCAACUGUCAUCUGGCAAAAAACAGCGAAUGGUGUAACAACUACAGUCACAAUCAACAAUUCCAAAUUCAGCGGUGGCUCUGUGAAUUCACCAAGUCUAGUCAUAUCUAAUGCUGACAGCAGUGAUGUCGCCUUCUACGUUUGUCAGGCUACUAAUGCUGUGGGGACAGGCACCAGCUCUCAGACCUAUCUGGAGGUCACAGGAGCUUUACCCGUUGUUCAAGUACUGCAACCAUUCUACACGGUAACCAAAGGACAAUCUGUUACACUGGAGUGUACGGUAACUGGAACACCAGUGGCUACCUCUGUUUCCUGGGAACGCACCUCAGGGGGAGUGGUCACCACUGUUGCUAUUGACAACAAUCAAUACCAAGGGUCAUCAGUGAACAGCCCUUCCUUGGUCAUCUCCGUCUCAGACAGUGUGGACACUGGCACCUAUGUCUGUACUGCUACAAAUAGUGUUGGUGUUGGCAGGAGUACACAAACCACUCUAACAGUUACAGGAGACAUACCAACCGUGGCCAUUACUGAUCCUGCCUACACUGUGGUCACCGGAUUCUCCAUUGUCAUCCCCUGUACAGUGUCUGCCAACCCACCAGCCACCUCCGUGUCUUGGUCUAGACAGGCUAAUAUCAAUGAUUCCCCAACAUCUCUCUCCAUUGAUGGUACCAAAUACAGUGGUGGCAGCACAAGCAUUCCAUCCCUCACCAUCAGCAGUGCCAGUAGUUCUGACCAGGGCUAUUACAUCUGUUCUGCUACAAACAGCAUUGGCAGAGGAACAAGUGGCCAGAGUUAUCUCACCAUCACUGGAGAUCGACCAACAGUGACAAUCCCAUCCAACGCCUACUCUGUGAUCACUGCUGCUUCUAUACAGAUUCCCUGUACAGUACAGGCCAGUCCUCCUGCAAGCACUGUGGGCUGGUCCAAGAUUGUCACCUCUACAGGUGGUAACACUGUAACAACCUCUAUCGCAAUCGACGGGUCAAAGUACCAGGGCAGCUCGACCAGUACCCCAAGUCUGACCAUCAACAAUGCUAACAAUAACGAUCAAGCCUAUUAUGUCUGCUCAGCCACUAACAGUGUAGGAUCCACUGACAGCAUCCAAACCUUCCUCACAGUAUCUGGAAGUAUUCCUCAAGUGACUUUGGCACCACAGUUUACUACCAUACUGGGAACCUCCAUCACCUUGGAUUGUACAGUAUCUGCCACCCCGCAGGCUGACUCUAUCUCCUGGGAACGGGUCAUUGGUGGAGUGACCACCACCCUCACCAUUGAUGGUACCAAAUUUGUUGGCUCAGCUGUCAACAACCCGUCCCUGACCAUCAACAGUGCCACAGCUGAUGACCAAGGAUACUAUGUCUGUAUAGCUAUCAACAGUGUGGGCAUCGGCAAGAGUUCACAAGCCUACUUGACUGUCACUGGAAAUGUGCCUGCUGUGGUGAUUAGCCAGCCAUCCUACACUGUUGUCCUUGGGGAGACUGUCACCAUUGACUGUGACUACAGUUCUACACCUGAUGCCACUUCUAUAUACUGGAACAAGAUCGUCAACACACAGACAACAAGAAUCACAGUCACCCAAACCAACAAGUAUAGUGGUGCCACCCUGACAAUUCCUUCCCUGACCAUCACUGGUACAGACAGUAGCGACCAGGCAUUCUACCGCUGUGUCGUUGGUAACAGUGUGGGUGAAGGUCGGAGCACACAGGCCUAUCUGUAUGUUACUGGAAACUUACCAACUGUGACUGUCCCGCAGAGUUCUUACAGUGUUUCGCUAGAGGACACAGUAACGAUAUCCUGCACUGUGUCUGCCACACCAUCGGCCACCUCUGUCACCUGGGAAUACACCAGCAAUUUGGGUGUAACCAGUACAGUUGAUCUGACCAACUCCAGGUUCACUGGUGGUACGGUGGCUUCACCAUCUCUCCAAAUCUCUUCAGCUCAACUUGGUGACCAGGGGUCUUACAAAUGUAAGGCCAUCAACAGUGUUGGCCAAGGAGAGAGCUCAGAUGUGUAUCUGUAUGUCACUGGAACUCUGCCAUCAGUACGUGUUACUGUUUCUGCCUAUACUGUUGACGUUGGCAGCCAGGCCACACUGGCCUGUAUUGUGGAAGCCUCUCCCACUGCCACCUCUGUAUUCUGGACAAAGAUUGUUGAGGGUGUCACCUCAACCAUUAGCACAACAUCAAACAAGUAUGAGGGUUCAACUGUGGGCACACCGUCUCUCAUCAUCAACAACUUGGCUGUAUCAGAUGAGGGUAGCUACAGAUGUAACGCAAUUAACACCGUUGGUACUGGACAGAGUGGUCUGACAUCCCUUAUUGUCGCCUAUGCACCAAGAAACACUGUAGUGAAUCCAUCAGCUGUGACCCGCAGGGAAACUGAAUCUGUGACAUCUGAGUGUUCCACAGAUGCUAAUCCAGCUGCUAGCUACCAAUGGCUAAAAGACAGUACCAGCCAAAUUGUGUCCAAUGAGAAGAUCUUACAGAUAAGCAAUAUUGAUCGUGGGCAUGAUGGUACCUACACCUGUACUGCCACCAACAGCCAAGGGUCAGACACAGCCAAACUAACGGUGGACGUUCAGUACAAACCUAUCAGUACUGUUACUGUUGAGGAGGCCACAGUUACACUCAGUCUGAAUGCCCAGAAGAACCUUGAGUGUAACACUGUUGCCAAUCCUGCUGUACAGACCUACAGGUGGCUGAAGGAUGGGAACAACAUUGCUGAUGCUACUAGUCUUGAAUAUCGAGUUACCAUUACAGAUACCAACAGCUAUGGAAUAUACACAUGCUUUGCCACUAACGCCAUUGGGCAGUCCUCAUCUAUUGCUUUCACAGUAAAAUCAGGAGAUGUUAUUGUAACCACGCCCACACCCACAGAUGAUGGCCUUACAACUGGAGUCAUUGUUGCUAUUGUCAUCGCUGCUGUUGUCUUCCUUCUCAUUGUCAUCAUUGCUGUCUGCUGCUGUGUUACACAUGGUGUGUGCAGAACAGAAGAGCCAUAUGAGACAAAGAGAAUUAUUGUGGAGAAACCAACUAUGAUGAGGGAACCUUCACUCAUCAUGCCCCGCCAGGAAGUCAUUGCACUUCAGGAAGACAGUUUCUACAGAAACCCUGGAUCUAAUUACCGGUAUCUACAAGGCUUAGAUUACACGUACUACGAGACCGAAGGCUCCAAGCACGACAGGAGGAGCUACACUGCUUCGAUACAUUAAAAAAAUGCACAAAAGCCAUAGUCAGUGUGAAAAAUAACUUCAGUUAUACUGACCCAUUUAAGACUAAAUUUUGAUUUGUAUACUCAUUUGUAACUGGACAGUGCCAGGCUACAUACGCAUAAUUGCAAGAUUGUAUUUGCUUUAAAGUGACAUUAUGUUCAUAAAGUUUAAGAAAUAUCCAUUGUGUUGCAGACAUUUGGGGAAAUGAUUUGAUACAUUUUAAACUAUAUAGACAAUCAUACAUAUGUUAAAUUUUUCACCCAUUUAACUACAUUCAUUAAAGUUAACUUUGUAGGUUUAUGUACCGCAAUAAAUACCAAUAUUUGAGUUUAUCCUAAAUUUAAAAGUGAAUAUGUGAAGAAUAAUGUUUUAUUAUUUUCAAAGUUAAGAACUUUUUAACAUUAAUUUAAGUUGAAGAAAGAAAAUCCCAAAAUCCAAAUGAUGUGUUUUAUAUCGGACAGUAAAUCACAAGUAUCAGUAGUUCUUUUGUAAAUAGAUUAUAUGGCCACCAUCUCAUGAUUGUUUUUACAGCUAUAUGUAAUGUUCGACUUUUCUACAUUGUAUGUCGAUGUGUCUGAUUUAAAAGUAAUCUAUGGUAAUGCAUGUGUUAAUCAUUUCACUUUGAGAAUGAUCUGUUUAUGUGCUAAAUUAGAAAAUGGAAAAAAAGAAAAUUUAGAGAACAGAAGUAUAUAUCACUUUGCUACAAAAAGUUGUACAAGCACUGUAAGUGCUUAGUCUAUGUGAGUGAUAUACCCAUAAAGUAAAUUCCAACAUAUUCAUUAAUUUUGUAAAAUAAGAAAGUGGUGAGUCUAUUGUGUCUUACAAUCAAUCAAUACAUUUGUAUUUUAGUAUAUGAUGUUGGUAAUGUAUGAUGAUCCAUCGAUAAGUUUUAGUAUAGCAUUUCAUAAUCUGAUUAUCAUUUUGUCAAUGCCAAGGAGUUUCAAAUGAUGCUGUUCCUUUUUUCUACGUUUGAAAGAUGUGUAAUGCGUAAACAUGGUAAAUCCAUGAAUGAGAUGUGCAUAAUGUAUAUAAACACUAACCCACAAAAGUUAAAAUGAUUGAACCACGACGUGUAUUUCAUCAACCAAGUGUAUGUUUCUUGUUUUUUGUACCAGGUAUGUGAACAGGUAGCAGCUAUUAAGAGUCUGGAUCACUUCUAUACAUGUAUGUCCC